AUGGUGCACGCCUGCCCCUUGGUGCGAUGUUUCGUGGUGCGCUCAUACGAGAGCUACCACCUGUGCGGACGCCCGAUGCACAACAGUAAGAUUGUUGGAGGUGAAGAUGCUGACGCUGGACGUUGGCCCUGGCAGGCGAGUUUGUGGUGGUUUGGCUUCUAUAUCUGUGGUGGUUCCCUCAUCAACAGAGAGUGGGUGAUGUCUUCUGCUCACUGCUUCCCCAGAUCACGCACAUUUGGGUUGUCUGUUUCCCUCGGCAGCAUCAACCUAAAAGACCAAAACAAAGUGUCCAGAGGUGUUGCUGAAAUUGUUGUGAAUCCACAUUAUAACAGCGACACAUUUGACAAUGAUGUCGCUCUGAGCAGACUCUCGUCACCCGUCGUCUUCACAGACAGUGUCAGACCUGUUUGUCUGGCGGCCAGCGGGCGCGUGUUCAACACCGGCAUUGACAGCUGGGUGACGGGAUGGGGAGUGGUUGAAGAAGGAGGGCUGAUUUCAAAAACUCUACAAGAGGUCAACGUGCCGGUUAUUGGAAACAGACAGUGCAACUGUCUCAUUGGAGUUGGAAUUAUUACACACAACAUGAUCUGUGCAGGAUCCCUGGAAGGAGGAAAAGAUGCAUGUCAGGGUGACUCAGGAAGUCCAAUGGUGAACAAGCAAGGCUCCAUCUGGAUCCAGUCUGGACUCGUUAGUUUUGGUAUUGGAUGUGCUCGGCGAAAUCGGCCGGGUGUUUACUCCAGAGUGUCCAGGUACCAGUCCUGGAUUAACUCCCUCAUCAACAUGGAUAAACCAGGCUUUGUCCUCUUCACCUCGAACGUUCCAGAUCCUGACAGUAGCUACACGUGUCCUCAGCUGGCAGCACCACCAAGAGCAUCGUCAACAACACCAACAAAAGCUUUAAUGACAUCUGCACGUAAGUCUCACUUGCCAUCAUGUGGCCACACCCUUAUGAACAGCCAUGCCAAAGGUGACAGUGGUGUUGCAUAUGGGUGGAUGUGGCCCUGGAUGGUCAGCAUCCAUAAAGACAGGGUCUACAUUUGUGCUGGAACACUCAUCAAUGCCAACUUUGUCCUUACUGAUGCCCAGUGCUUCUCCACUCCCCAUCCAGACGUCAGCGAAUGGAGCGUCCUGCUGGGCCAUCAAUAUGUGAACGCUUCUGACGAGUUUGAGUUGUCUGUGGGUGUUGUGAACAUUAUAGUAAGCAGCUUGACGGGUUCCAACAUUGCCCUGUUACAGCUCGCUCAAACAGUCAGCUAUGGAAUUUCUAUACAGCCCGUGUGUGUGAACUAUAACAACGCCAACUCUUUCCCCAAUGGAAGUGCAUGCUGGAUUGUUGGGUGGGAUACGAAGAACGGCAAACACAAUGGCUCAAGAUUACGGGAUAUUGAAACUGAAGUAACGAGCUGUGGGAACAUUUCCGAUCCUGACGUCAUUUGCACCAAGGCUGUGGACCUUCAACUGGGGGAUCAGGGAGGACCUCUGAGGUGCAAGUCUGGAUUGUCUUGGUUCCAGGUGACCACCGUGCACAAUCAGUCUGGCCACGCAGAUAUACAGGUCUUCACCAAAACGUCCAGAUUCAGUUCCUUCUUAACAGAGAUCGUGGGCAACAUGCCGUCAUCACCUGCGGCUGAUAAUGCAGCACAUGCACCUGGUUUCUCCUUUUCUGUACUCCUCUUUUUUACUGUCCCCCUUUAUUCCAAAAUCUUGAUGUUCUGAACUCAGAUUGACACAGUUUAUAAACCUCCAGCUGUACUGCGUAAAGCCUCUUACAGUAUCUUAGGACCACUGUCAAGAACAUUAUGAGGUUUAUUACAACAUAUUUAACUGUAUUAUACUGGAAAAUAGAGGAAAUGUGAAAUAGUGCAUGAAAAUGUAUUAUGUGAUAAUAUGUGUUCAUGCAUUUCUAUGCAUGUAAAAUGUGUGAAUGUAAUUCUUCUAAUACAUGAAAUGUGAUUUUUUUUUUACCAGAUGUUUAUUAUAUAUUUAUUACACAUAAAAAUA